UCUGCACCUUGACUUCACAAGUGAUGUUUGAACCUUCUGGACCAGCUGAGGCUUAACUUUCAGCUGCUCUGGGAUCAUCUGGGACCUGAUGGGCUAUCAGUGGAGCGUGUGGCGGAGUCUGGCAGGAGGUGGAGGAGGUGGAGGAGGAGGAGGUGGUGUAGCUGUGGUCAGGUGUUCAUGUGCAGAAGAGAAGGUGAGGAUCUCCUUCAGGAGCGCUGGAGCCGACCGGCAGCUCAGACGGGUCUUUGUGCAUCGCUGGUUUGAGUCGCCUCGUCUCUCCAUCGCCUCCAUCAGCAGCGAUGAGCGCGCUCCAUCCGCCACGCCGUCGGACUCCUCAGACCUGCCGACAUCAAACCGCCGCCCGGUGAGCCUGAUCUCCACGGUGUCGUCGGGGUCCGGCUCCUCCAGAGACGACAACCUCGCCCCGCCCCAGGUGCCUGAGGGGUCGCCCGGCGUUGACCUGAACCACAACCAGAGCCCUGAGAGGAGGGGGCGGAGCUUCAUUCACAACAAGAACAACAACAAAGCGUGGACCCCAAACCGAGCCUCGAGCCGCCGGCAGCAGUUGUCCUCCUUAAUGGCGCCCAACCCUCAGCUGACCUAUCUGGACCGCGUCAUCAUGGAGAUCAUCGAGACGGAGAAGAUGUACGUCAGAGACCUGCGGAUGAUCAUAGAGCAUUAUCUCAGUCACAUCAUCGAGGAUUCGGAGCUCUCGGAAAACCACGACCUGGUGGCCGCUCUUUUUGGGAACAUCGAGGACAUCUACGGGCUGAACAGCGAGCUGCUGCAGGACCUGGAAAUGUGUGACAACGAUCCCGUCGCCAUCGCCUCGUGUUUCGUCCAGAAGAGGGAAGACUUUGACAUCUACACUCAGUACUGCAACAACUACCCAAAUUCAGUCGCAGCGCUGACUGAGUGCAUGAGGGAUAAAUCUCUGGCCAAGUUCUUCCGGGACCGUCAGGCGUCCCUGAAGCGCACCCUGCCUCUGGGUUCAUAUCUGCUCAAACCCGUUCAGAGGAUCCUGAAGUACCACCUGCUGCUCCAGGAGAUAGCAAAGCACUUUGACCCAGAGGAUGAGGAGGGUUACGAGGUGGUGGAGGACGCCAUCUACACCAUGACGGGCGUGGCGUGGUACAUCAACGACAUGAAGAGGAAACACGAGCACGCCGUCCGCCUGCAGGAGGUCCAGUCUCUGCUGCUGAACUGGAAAGGAAUGGACCUCACCACGUUUGGCGAACUGAUCCUGGAGGGAACCUUCAAGGUUCCCCGGGCCCGGCACGACAGGACGCUCUUCCUGUUCGACCGCAUGCUGCUCAUGACCAAGCGCCGCGGCGAGCACUACGUCUACAAGACGCACAUCCCUUCCUCAGCGCUGAUGCUGUUCGACGGCGCCAAAGACUCGCUGAGCUUCAAGGUGUCGCAUUUCCAGCAAAUCAAACAGCCUCACACUUUGCAGGCAAAGUCGUUGGAGGAGAAGAAGCUUUGGGCUCAUCACAUCAAACGCAUCAUGUUGGAAAACCUCCCCAAGGCUGUCCCACAGAAGGCUAAAGAAGCCAUCCUGGAGAUGGACUCCAUCUGUCCUGCAAAGUACCGCUACAGCCCCGAGCGGCUGAAGAAGACGGUGACGGAGGAGUUUCCUCGAGAGGCUCGUCAGGGCCGCCGGCAGUCUGAACCAGCCAAACAAAUGCUUAAGAGGGCCAAAGCGCCUCUGGAGCACGCCAACAGCGAGGACGCCUUCCCGGACGACAGGCGCUCGCUGCAGGGCGCCGUCAGCAGCAGCACGCUGGGAUCCGGCAGUCUGGGCGAGUCGGACGUCCCGGAGGACGGGUUCGCCAGCAGGGGGGGCUCUCUGGAGAGACUGGCGUGCAGCGAAGAAGAGCUGGAGGAAGAGGCGGGGCGGCUGGAUGGGUUUCUCCUCCAGGACGAGCAGGUAGAGGACUUUGCCAGCUCUGUGCUGGCUGCCAUCUCCUGCUGGCACUACAGCUUCCAGGCCUUCCUUUCCUCUGCGGGGACGGAGGCAGAGAAAGGGAGGAUGAUCUCAGCCAGAGAAAAUGGACGGCACUAUGAAGAGCAGCUGAACGGACCUGAAGCCACACCUGAGCAGCAGUCUGCAGAUUUGUUGCCUGUAGAGACACCAGUGGAAAAAGCAGAAGAACCAGAACCAGAACCGCCCUCUGAUCUGGCUCCUUCCCCGACCCCUGAGCCCCCCCAGAGCUCCGAGGACCUGAAGCCCGACGACGACCCAGAACAGGUCGGAUUACCGUCUUCUGGCACGCUCGGUUCCGACCUGAAGACCCUGAGCAGCGGCGAAUCCUCCGAGGAAGAGGAGGAUGAAGGCGAGGCGGCGGAUAAGGAGUCCAGUUCUCCCAGCAUCCUCCCCUCCUCUGUCCUGGACAAGGCCAGCGCCAUCGCUCAGCACUUCUCCAACAGCGUGAAGAGGGCCAGCCUGGCCCACGACGACGCCCGCUCCCUGGGCUGCCCCUCGCCCCGGCUGGCCAGCAGAACCGGCAGCCUGCUGAGCCUCAGGUCCGAGUCCGCCGACCGACCGCCGCGGCUCAACAGCGCCUCCUCUGACGCCCCGGAGGCGGAGCCGAGCCUGGCGUCGCCGCGGGACGACGGCGUCUUCGACCCCGACCACAGCGUCCGGCGAAGGCGCAACUCCACGCUGUCCAAGCAGGACCAGCUGCUCAUCGGCAAAAUCAAGAACUACUACGAGAACGCGGGGAACCAGGACGCCGCGUUCGGCCUCCGGCGCCGGGAGAGCCUGACCUACAUCCCGUCGGGUUUGGUCCGCAGCUCCGUCAGCCGCUUCAACAGCAUCCCCAGACCGGAGGAGGUCCGGUCCGAUCCGGCUGGCUCCGCCGAGUGUCUGGAUCCGCCGGCCGCCGAGCGCCGCGGCGCCGUGGACUCGCUGAAGUCGGGUCAGCCGGGUCAGCCGGGCGGCGACUCUGAGGACCAGCAGCACCACGUUCUGCCGGAGGAGGAGUUCAGACCUUCGUCAGAAAUGAUUAAGAUCUGGAGGGCGAUGGAGCGGCAGGUGUCCCGGUCCCACAGCGAAGACCGAGUCUCCAGAACCGCCAACGUCGGCAGCUUCACCCGCGCCAGGAGCUGCGACCCGGAGUGUGAGGCCUCCGACCUCAGCACCAUCACAGAGGGCUCCACCAGCCCGUCGCCCCCAAAGAGCAAAGCCCCAGGGCCCGGCCCGGCACACGCCCUCAGGUUCUUUGGGGAGGAGGCCGUCACCCUCAGGGCCACCGUUCCUCGGGUGGCGCAGCUGAGGGCCGAGGCCGGCGGCGAGAAGAUCGCUCGGGACCCGGAGCCGGCGGCUGAGACGGACUCGGCUGAGAGCAAAGUCCGUCUCCUGGCCCGCCGCUACAGCCAGCGGAUCAGAGCCGCGAGUCCGGAGGGCCGCCAGGCGGGGCCGUUCAGCAGGAAGAGUCUGAGCCGGGUGGCGGAGGAGAAGGAGAGUUCAGGUAAACCCAGCCUGACUCUGCCGCUGCUUUCUAAGAACCAGCCCUCAUCUCUGCCUCUGAGCCCAGUGGACCCGGUUCUGUCUGCAGGCCCACCUUCCUCCGUCAGCCCCACCACCCCCAUCGAGGGCUUCAGCUGGCCGGACGUCCGACAGCUUCGCUCCAGAUACUCCAACGGCGGCCGGUCCCAGAGGGGUCCGACGGGCCGCGGCGCCGCCACCGGGGACCGCGGCUUCGGUUCGGGUCUCAGGAGGCAUUCCAGCGGCUCGUCCAGCCUUCUCCACGCCGACGCCGUUACCAUCGGACUCUCUUCACGUAAACCUCGGGGCAGCCGGGCCGCCGGCCGGGAGGAACGGGCCAAGCGGCUCCAGAGGGCCAAUUCUCUGGACCCUCAGCUGGGUUUACGGCAGCGGAGCGAGCUGCAGAGGCUGCGGAGACCCACCGCCGCCGACCUGGAGGACGGGUUCUACGUGGCCGCCGAGGCGCCGCUCACAGACGACCCAGAACACAAGAUCAUAAUCGUGGAGAAGCUUCCAGAAGCUGAAAAAACAGCGGAGGCGUCCGGCGGGGGCGACGGCGACGAUGGAUACGUCCAGAUCCGUUCUCCCACCAGCAGGGAGAAGAUCUCCCUCAUGGCGGUCCUGGAGCGCUGCCGAGCGUACCAGGAGUCCGACGCCUACAAGCAGCGGGAGGAGGCCCGGCCCCACGAGUCCAGCAGGACCGCGGCGCCGCCGUGUUCUGAUCCAGACGAGUCCAGCAGGACCGCGGCGCCGUGUUCUGAUCCAGACGAGUCCCAGAAAACGAAGGCGGAGAGCGGACAGAAGAACACGGUGAAAAACCUGAGAGAACGCUUUCAGAGCCAGAGCUAGAGAGUUCUCCACGUUUCCCACAAUGCAAAGCGUGCAGGUCCAGUGGUUCAGAGCGGACCGCUACAUGUUGGGUUUUAACGCUUUAAGAACUGAAACUUUGAGACUCUUUAAGCCAAAUAAUCCAAAGCAACAAUUGUCUCGCUGCUGCUCGGUGAUUCCGACUUUCUUCUUUUAGUGUCUGGAAGAUGAAUUAUUUUAAAUGUUUCCGUCUUUAAUGAACUUUAUUUCAGGCUCAUUCCUGCCGUCUCCUCUUCACACGUCUGUAAAUAUCGUCAUCUGAGCAGGAAGCGCCGCCUUUUACUCCCAGCGCUGUGAAAACACUAACGGGUCGCUCUGGUUCUGGUUCUGGUUCUGGUUCUGGUUCUGGUUCUGGUUCUGCCUGGAGCCGGGGCGACCGGACUCACCACCAAACCGGACCGGACCUUUGUUUUUAAAAACUGCUGAGUCGACGUGGUCAUCAGCGUAAAGCUUCACGUCGGAGGAAAAAAGCUUUCCAUCAUUUCAAGAAACGAGCAAAAAAAUUAAAAUAAACAUUUUAGGUCAUGGUUCUUGUUACCAUAGCAGCUCCAGGAAGUUCUGGUUUCUCAGCUUUUGGUGCAGAAGAAAAGUCUUAAAACCUUAAAACGAAGAGCUUCUGGGUUUAAAACCGUCUCUAAUAAAAUGAAUUAGUUAAAAAGGAACGGCGGCGGUUUAAAUCUGCUCAUUUUUGGCGUAACCGUCCCAAUAAUCUGGGCUCAUCAUGAUUUGACUGAACCAUUCUCUGAAUUCAGGGCUUUAUAGACUGAACUGGAUCAUUUUCUGCCACAAACUCCAACUCUGAAGCGUUCUGAAAACGCUGAGUUAUGGUUUAGGCUGAAACGGUCUAGUCAAAGUCCACGGGGCAGCAGGACAUGCAGUCUGGGUCUGAUCAGAUAACCGCAGAGCAGAGUUGAUCCAGAAUGAUGCCAGAAGCUUUAAAGACACUUGUUGACGUGCCAACAUGGAAGAUGACUGUGGGGGGGGGGGGGGGGGGGGUAUAUUUGAGGCUGUUUGUAGUUUUAGAGAAAAUCUGUGGUAAAUUCAGACCUGUGGACUCGUAGAAUCAGUCCAACGGGGAAAAAGAGAUAAUGUAACGCUUAAAAUGAAAAUGCUGAUGAUGAGAGGAUAAAAAGUCCUGAGAUUUCAGUAAUGUGGUUAAAUAAUUAAAAAAAAAAAGGGCAGAUAGGGAAUUAUUUUUUAUUUUCUUAAAGCUCUGGGCUGCAGGCAAUAAAUCAGUCUGUUGAUGAUUUAACUAGGACAGAAUAAAUAAAUGGAGUAUUUUAAGAGUCAAAAUAUGUAAAUUAUGUUUAAAAAUAAGUUAUUUGUUUUCCUGUGUUAGCAUGUUAAUUCUGAUUUAAUCAUUUUAUUAUAAAUUUUGUGCCUUUUUUCUGAUUUUUAUUCAAAGUCUUAUCAUUUUUAUUCCUUUUUUUUCCCGAUAAAUCAUGUUUUGUUCCCCCCACGCUCUGAAACAUGAUGUCCUGGCUCAGAGGCACGCGGGCAGGUUGAAACCCGUCUGCUGACCUCUGGUCCAGAUGCUCAUCGUCUUCCUCACCAGUCCACCACUGCGCCAGCCUCCUCUUCCUCAUAUUUAUUGGAUCUCAUGUAAAUAGAAAUGUGUGUGGAUGGUUCUGUUAGAACCUCAGCGGACGGCGCUGAUUGUCUGUAAAUAUUCUUUAUCUGUGUGACGACGCCAACAACAUGACAGUCACAUAAUUAAACGGCAGAAAAACAAGA